AUGGCGUCGGAAACGGAGGUGCCGGUACCGACAUGUCCGCCCGCUCCGGAGGCGGUGGCCGGCCUUCCGGUGUGUGGAUUGGCGUCGAAAGCGAGCUGCCUUCAACCACCGCCCGAAGAUGCCGGUUGCGGUGACAGUGAUUGUGAAAGCGGAGUAGGCGGUGUCGUCGUUACAGGCGAUCGUCAGCAGCGAGCGCAGCGUAUUGCGGCGGCCCGACGGACGGAAGCGGCCAAGGGAGGAUUAGCCAACGGUAGCCGUGGUGACGCAGCCGCGAGUGAAGGUGCCUCGGAAAGUGUAAAGUACGCCAAGUACAACGCAAGCGGUCGCACGGGUGGCCCGGUGUGUAGUGCAAACGGUACAGCGGCGGCGGCGAUCGGUCGAAGGGCAAUGGUGAAGCAAGUUAAUGGUGCGAGCGGAGGGCCCGGUGCCACCAGCGCUGGUUGCUCGGUAUCGUUGGACGAGAUCCUCCAGACGUUCAAUGCACCGAUCUCCGAGGAUCAGGCAUGGGCGCUGAUCUAUCAGGCGUCCCGAAUGUUUCAGACGCGCCUUCAGGAGCCGGGAUGCAGUUUACGGGAUCUGCGGCUCCCGCUGCUCCCCAAACAGCUCCACAUCCAAAAGGACGGCAGUUGCUUCGUGACUGCAAAGACAGAUAAGGAGCUGUGCGUUCCGACGACCCAGAAAAAGAUACUGCUGAAGCUGGGCAUCGUCGUGUACCGGGCCCUCGACUACAACCUGCCCACGAGCGAAGACUGCCAGAUCUCGCACGAGCUGGAGCAACUGAUCGAGUUCAUGACGUCCGAAGGUAAGGAAAAUAACGACGACGAAGGCAUCGAGCGUGACUCGGAAGAGGUCGAGGAGGACCUGGCCACGAUCGACGGCGAAGACGGUGACUGUUGUGCCAAUGGCAGCGGAACGGGCCACGACGGCACGACGAUGGUGGCCGCCAACGGGUGCGGUGGCCAGCGAAAGCAUCUCGAAACCAAAGAACUGGAUCACGUGCUGGAGUACUGCUCGACGCGUGUAUCACCCACAAAGCCAGAGGACCACUAUCGGGCCGUUUGCCGGGCACUGGUCACCGAAACGCUCGAGCUUCGCACGUUCCUACAGCGCGUCUGCCAGGGUGAGGCCGAGGUGCUCCGGUUAAAAGCGCAGGCGGAAACGACCGGCAAGGAGCUGGAAAAGAUUCACUUCAACGACUGGUCAGACGACCAGAGAAUCUGGCAGGCACUGCAAGCCCGCUUCUGGAUGCAAGUGGUCGAUGAGCUGCGCCGUGGUGUGCGGCUGAAAAAGAUCAACUUUUCGCGCACUCCCAUCGAGUAUGAGCUGACGCCGUACGAGAUCCUGAUGGAGGAUAUCCGUUGCAGAAAGUACAAUCUACGCAAGGUUAUGGUGAAUGGCGACAUUCCGCCGCGGGUCAAGAAGGACGCACACGCCGUCAUACUGGAGUUCAUCCGAUCGCGGCCACCAUUGCGCAAGGCAUCGGAGAGAAAGCUGGCACCGGCUCCGCUGCGACGGAUUGCGACCCCCCGCGAACAGCUGCUGGACUCGAUCCGGAAAGGGCGCGUGCUCAAACCGGUGGUGCAUCCGAAGCUGAAGUCAAGACGGUGCAAUCAGCUAACACUUUCCACCAUCAUUCCGCUACAUCCGUUUCCGUUCAUCGGCUUCUUUUUACCUACCACAACGCAACUAGAUAGUGUAAAAAAAUCAUGUGAUGAAGAAAUCGACUCCAGUGGGGCCCCCAGCUUGGACGGAGUGAGCUGCAGUGGCAGCAUCAGCACGUGCAGCGGAGCCAGCAGCAGCACCAGCUACAGCAACAGCACAAGCAAGGCGAUGACGCUGUCCCGAGCGACGUUUUCGCAUACCGGCAGCAUGCCCCGCAACACCCUAAGACUGAUACCAGUGGACUUUUCACUGUUGAACGAUGAUGACUUCAUCGACGAAGCAGCGAACGAAAGCGCAGACUCCAGCAGCGGCGGACAGAGGCAACAGCAAAACGGUGGCCACCGGAUAUCGUCCGGGGUCGGCGCCAAACGCAGCAGCACCGACGAUCGCAACACCGACAGUACAAACCGCUCGAUGAUCGUCAACAACGAGAACAACCAGAACAACAUCAACACCGUGCUGCGACGGACAAAAAACCUCAUCACCCACGACGAAUAUCAUCGGUUCUGUGAUAAGGCUCUCGAAACCUACGAUCUCGCUACGCAGUGCGAGUCACGGAGGGCAUCGAUGCGCCGACACACCAUCAUCGGGUGCAACCAAAACUACAAGCUCGACCCAAUGGCCAGCCAUUCGAUGCCUCCGUCGAGGCCCGUUUCCCGCCAAUCGGAUCGGGAUCAUGCGACGAACGGGAAGCUCGAAAACGCGGCCACGGUCCCCGCGGUGCUGGCAGGAUCUAGCCUGGUGGUCAAGGAGAAACCUUCGGCGAUGGUAACACCGCACGUGGUGAAUGGUGCUGCGCGGCCGGCACCGAUCGGUGGUAAUGGAGCGGUAAGUGAGUGUGGUGCUGCCGGAACCGGCAGCAAUCUGUCUUCGCUCGACACUUGGACCAAAAACUCGCUCGACGAAAGCCAGUGGAAGGAUACGUUCAAUCUGAACGAUCGGCUGUCGCUGACGCUGGAAGAAAUCGUACAUAUCCGCUCGGUGAUGACGAAGGCCGAGCUCGAGGGUCUGCCGGUGGACGUGCACAUCAAGGAGGACGUCGAGAAGCGGAAGGUGUGCUUCCUGUGUCUCCGCACCCGCUUCACCCUGUUCGCCCGGGGCAUCCUGUGCAAGCUCUGCCAACGGACGGUUUGCAACAAAUGCAAUACGAAGAUGCGAAUACCUACCGAACAUUUUCGCAAUGUUCCCGUGGUGCUCCUGUCACCUUCGCUUAUGAGCAGCCCCUGCACCUCGAACACACCGUCGCCCAGUCACCAUGCGCACGGUGGCGGCACCGGGUCCGGGCCGACCAGCAUGGUAGACGAAUCCUUCCCCCGAUCCCUGAUGGAGCGACUCUUGCGGCCUGAGUUAGAUCGGAAGACUCGAAAUACGGUCGGCAGUGCUCCAUCCUCACCAAAGAACCAACGGUCAGCGUCCAGCACACCGGGCACCAGUCUGCACGGUGGCGAGACGCUUUCGCUGUCGCUUUCGCACCACUCCUCCGGUGUCCAGCAUCAUCAUCACGCCGCCAAAGAACAUGCCGUAGCGUCCGCGGCUGCCAUCGUCAGUGCGCAGAAAUGCUCGCUCAUGUCGCGCAGCAUGGAAGGACCGAACAGUCUUCCGCCGCAAAGCCCCGCCCGACCGCACUCCAACUGCAGCACGCUGGACAGAAAGAACCGCUUCACCAAAGCAUUCACCCUAACGGCGGCGGGCGGCCAGAGCGGGGUGUUGGACCCGCAAAAGGAACGGCUCACCGGUGAGCUGAUGGCCGUCUGCAACGAUUGUCGCAGCCUGGUGCUGGAAAUCAUACGAUCAUCGCGACAAACCCGAACAACGGCCCGCAAUCAGGUGUUGCGCCAUCUGACGCUCGACAUCUCGCCGGUGUACAAGUAAGCGACCGGCGGCGGCGGCAACUGGGAGGCACGGCGAUCGCGGGAUCCAUCGAGAAAGGAAAGCGCCGAUUGUUGGAUUUGAUUUUUUUAACAUCUUCCUGGCAUCUGAUUAUGAAAGGAUUAGCGAGGGCGAGAGAGUAUAGGAAGAAGAUUUAGGGACAGGCUGAGUGAGGAAGAGAUCAUCCGGAACACUACGAUUUGCGCCCAGGUUUGUUUGCGAAUUUUGUAUUUAUUAUAAUUAUUUAUUUAAAACAAACGGUACUUCCCUUCGAAUGAGUCAAACAAUGGGGCAGCAGAGCAGGGUGGACGCGCGCGGCACGGACCAUCACGGAAAGGAUCACGUUCGGUCGUCGUUGGCGAGCGGAAGGCACACUUGGCCCCUCAUAUUAAACUGAACAACCGCCCCCCCCCAGCACCGCCCGGACAGGCUGAU